GUGCUGGUGUCACCAGCUGUGACAGUGUAGGCUGGCCACUGACCACGGGAGCAUGGCUCAUCUGUUAACAGCAGGGGCGGCCUGCAGGGGCCUGCGGUGGCAGGAAGGGCCUCAGCAUCGCCACGUCUUCACCUGGCCCUCUCUGCCGAGUCCCGUCCCCUCUGUAGGUGCCCGGGCCUGGCUGGUCCCCAGCAGCCAUCUCCCUGUUCUUCUGGCUUUGCGCCCGCCCUCCCCUGGCCCAGCCCUCUGAGCCCCAGCUCACUCUUGCCUUCACGGCGGUCUCUGCCCCCCAGCCUCUGAUACCUACACGCCCUCGCCCAGCACCCAGGGCCCUGGGCCUGCACCCGAGGCCAGAGGACAAGGAAGGGCCGAGCAGUGUUGGCCAAACCAGCCCCCACCGAGCCUUGUUGAGCGCCAUGGAAGCUUCCUCUGGGCCCUUAUCCAGGCUGGACCACGCCUGCAAGCGCAAGCCCCAGAGGGUGGGGCGGGCAGACCCCGGACCCUGACAGCAGUGCAGCCUGGGAGGCCUCACUGCCCAGAGCCCGCACCGCCCUGGGCCUCUGCGGAGUCACAGCAGAGCCUGUGAACCGCGGCUUCGCCAGGACACCCGCGGGCAGCAGUAGGAGGCACACCCCCGCCACGCCCAGGCCGCUCUCACAGGAGCCGGGCCUGUAAGCCCUGAACCUUCCUGGCUCAGAACCGUCCUGGGAAGCAGGGCAGGGCUCCUGGGGAGGCCAGGCCCGUGCUUCCGCCCCUUCUGUUUGGUUUCCAUGGGGAUGGUGUGUUGGUCCCUGGAGAGGAGGCUGGAGGAUCUGCGGGCUCGAUUUUACCCUGGGAGUCCUGGAGGGGGUGGGAGCCUGGGGUGUCUUUCCCUGGGGGAGGGGAGAGACAGAGCAGACAGAGACAGAGACAGAGAGGGAGAGACCCAAAGGGAAACAGAGAGACAGAGAGACCUACUGGGCUGGCCCCGGCUUCCUGGCCUGUGUUUGAGCCCUCCCCCCCUUUCCUUGGUGACCCGACCUGUGUGCUGGGCGCUGCCCCCCGCCCUGACGACCCCCACGACCGCCUCCAGGGCCGGGCUUGGUGCCCACAGGUGCAAGCGCAUCUGUCCCUCUGGGUCACAGGGCGCAGCCUCCAGUCCUGGAGGGCGAAGGACUCGGGCAGCCUCUGCGGGAGGCGGGUACGGGAGGGGCUGACCAGCUCCCUGCCGCCCACCAGGCGUGGGCUCCUGCGGCCGCCCGGUGGCCCAGGGCAUCUUGGGGCGAGCGCCCCGCACCGUGCGGAGCGGGCCGAGUUGCUCCUUGACGAGCCCCCUCCAGGUCACCGGUAGCAUCUUUCUCUUCCACCUCGUGGUCCACAUCAUCGCAGUUUCCAUCAAUCCGGCCGAGAAAAGCGUGCAUCAGAAGAACUAUUUGGAGCCUAUGCCUGUGUUUGACAGGUCCAAACACGCUCAUGUCAUCCAGGACCUGUAUUGCCAUCUGUGUGAGACCAAUGUAGAUCCCAAGACCAAGCAUUGCAGUGCCUGUAACAAGUGUGUUUUGGGCUUCGACCACCACUGCAAAUGGCUCAACAACUGCGUGGGGAGAAAGAACUACCGGUACUUCUUCAGCUCGGUGGUGUCAGCUUUGGCCGGGCUGCUCUGCAUGUUUGCCAUCUUGAGCUAUCUCUUCGUCCAGUUCCUGGUCGAUCCCAUGCAGCUGCGCACGGACCCCCACUUUGCAGGGAUCUCCAGGGACACGUGGCUCCUCUUCCUCCCCUUCCUCCCGGUGAGGGCCAAGGCCCCCGUGCUGCUGCUCAUCGGCCUGCUGGUGCUGGUGAUCAUCAUGGUCGGCCUCCUGCUCCUGGGGCACCUGUUCUUUUUCCAUCUCUACCUGAUAAAGAAGAAGCUGAGUACGUAUGAAUACAUUACCCAGGGCCGCCAGCAGCUCCAACUGAACUCUUCACAUGGGAGAAGAGACUCAGACUCACAGAAAAGACCGUCACAGGAUGCUGGCCACCGGCGCUCUUCUGUGCGAAGCAGAGAGAAGCACGUGGGGUUGCUGCCGCCUUCCCAGGAGCCGGGCUCCCUCAGCGGCGUGGCGCCAGAGGCCGUGGCUGUGCCGAAGGGGCCAGUUGUCAUCCUGAUGCCACCUCUGCACAGCCUCACGUCCACGGACCUCACAUCGCCCGCUCCGUCGCUGGACCUCACAUUGUCCGCUCCGUGCCCGGACAUGGCGUCCACCAUCACCCUCCUCCCGGAGAGCAUCUCAUCCGCUCUGUGCCCGGACAAGGCGUCCACCAUCACCCUCCUCUCGGAGAGCAUCUUGUCUGCUCCAUACCCGGACAAGGCGUCCACCACCAUCAUUCUCCCGGAGAGCAUCUCGUCCGCUCCGUGCCCGGACAAGGCGUCCACCAUCACCCUCCUCCCGGAGAGCAUCUCGUCCGCUCCGUGCCCGGACAAGGCGUCCACCAUCACCACCCUCCCGGAGAGCAUCUCGUCCGCUCCGUGCCCGGACAAGGCGUCCACCAUCACCCUCCUUUCGGAGAGCAUCUUGUCUGCUCCAUACCCGGACAAGGCGUCCACCAUCACCCUCCUCCCGGAGAGCAUUUUGUCACUGCAGGAAUUAGCUUCCAGCCAGAAGCCACGGUUCCCGGGCAGCGUGAGGCGCAGGGAGUUCCUGCCGCCGUCCAUCCGCGAGAGCCUGAGCUCCCUCAGUACCAUCACCUCGGAGGGCUCUGCAUCACUGAAGGAUGAAGGCGAUCAGGUGCAGAUAAUACGGCAGCCUGAGAAAGAAGACGUUGACCACACCGAAGGCUCGGUUUCAGGAGCCCAGGGGCCCGCGCUGGCCCAGCCACCCGAGCGGGGGCUCUUCGCCGCCGUCCCGCCUGUGGAGGACCCCCUAGAAUCCCUCCCGCUCCAGGGCGCGCUGCAGGUCGGAGGCCAGGACGUGUGGUCCAUGAGGGCCCAGCGUGUGCGCCCAGCUCCCACGGACUCCUGGAUGCUGGAGUCCACGGUCCUCACCAUCCCCGGGCAGGUGGAGCUCGACCCGGCCGAGGAGCUGCCCCGCCGGCUCCAGCGCGACAGCCUCGGGCCGCAGCCUGCGCACCGGGUGGCUCCGGGGGCCGUGCCGCUGUCCAGCUGGGGGGCCGAGGGCCUGCCUGCCUUCAAGGGCAGGUACAGGGUGAAGGUGACCCCCAUAGCAAGUGUGGGGCACAGCCAGUCUGCUGAAGAGACCCCCCAAUCUGACACCACCGAGGCCACCGUGAUCAUGAUGCCUGAGGGCUCGGAGCUCCCAGACGGGGCUCCCAAGUCCACUUAGAGCCAGGAAACCGCCCCCCCCGCCAGGACGCCCCUCCCGGUGGGGGGUGCCCGCAGCUCCGUGGCGGGGAUGCUGGGCAGUUGAGGUCCAGCUGCGCCGCCGUGCUCCUAGUGAAAGCAUCGGAGAGGAGAGGGGCCAGGGUCCUCGGCCGCCUCUGGCCGCCGGGAAAGACUUUCAAGGACCCGCAUGUCACUUGUCUCAGAAGCCGUAUUUUAAAGACUUUCCAAGUUUUCUGAACACAUCUGUUAUUCUGGGAAGAAAAAAACAAAUUCGAAAUGGACUGCAGAGAGUGGGUUCACAUCUGUGCAUCUGUUGAUUAUUAAAGCAGACUGUAUGAAUUUAAGGAACUUUUAAGAAAACUCUUCAGAAUUCACUAGCAGGCUUUAUGGGAAAUAAUAAAAAUUAUUCAUGGCAAUAAACCUGAAAUCAGCCUUGGUAAGAGUUAAGUCCUCGGCUUUCAGGUGGCCCAGACCCUCUCCGCCCCAGGCCCAGUGCUGGGCUCUGAGGUCCAGAGCAGACCAGGUCUGGUCCGGGCCCCCUGAACCUGUGCCCACGCCCGUGCCCAGGUGGGAGCCGCCCCGGCCUUGUCCCCGCCACUCUGCAGCCCCACGCUGGCCAGAAGCCAGCCUGGAUUGGGCCCACGGCAGGUGGUGGCCCUCCGCUGUCUGCAGACUGCCCCACCCCACGCCCCCGCUGUGGUCACGCCCGCUGUGACCAUGCUUCCUGGAGGCGGUGGCCCUGGGCAGGCUCCUGGACGUCGCCGUCUCCUCCUCCGUGAGCCAUGCAGUCAUGAAGCCUCGUCCCGGAGGCUGGACCCCCAGGCCCACCUCUGCAGGUGAGCAACGCGUGUGUCGGACACAAGGAGCCCCCAGGGCCCACCUGCUGGCUCUGCUGCUGUUCGGUCACCACGUCGGUUUCCAGCCUCUUCCUCCUGACGGAACUUGGGGAGCAGCUGAAAGACACUGCAUGGCCUCGGGCCCUCCGGGGGGGCCGGCCCGCCUGUGGCCUCCACGUCUCUGUCCCUGUCAGCGCGGUCAGGGGGCCCUGCUUCCAGCGUGAGGCUACUGCUCCCUCCUGCCUGCAGGAGACCUGCAGCCCCGCCGCCCCCUCUGCCCUCCUGUACAAGGAGGCGGGGGGUGCCCUCUGGGUUACCGGCUGCACUCUGGCCCCCAGGCCCCCAGGUCUGCAGAGACCUAUUCCCCCAAGACCUGCUAGUGGAGCAGCCGCCACCCAGGACUUGAAGCUGGAGCGCGGCACACGUGCUGCUGCCCUGGCCGGUGGCUUGCAAGCCUCCAAGCGCAGAACUGACCUCGACCUCAGGACGAGCCUCUGGCUUCCAGAGGGGGGUGGUGUGAGCCUGCCAACCAGGCCCGCAGACCUUCCAGAACACUCCCUGGGCUGUGUCAGGCCACUGCGUAAUUAAAUGAGUGAAAACAGAGAUUUGGACAACACAGCGAACAAGCCCAAUUUAUGGGGCAUCUUCAGGAGCCGGGGCUCCUUUUUCAGAAACUGCGCGUUCUCUUCAGGCACACAGGGAUUAUUCCCCAGAACAGAGCCCUCGUGAGCUCCAGUCAAGGCUGUGGGGGGACCCUUCAGGGUCCCUGUCGAUCGCUGGUGCUGAGCACGCUGUGCCCCCCACGGUCCUUGGGCUUGUUGGGCUGACGCCUGCGGGUUCAGAGUUUGCAGCACAGUUGAAGCAUUUUGCCGUUUCUAACAGGUUUUUCUGCACCUACAACCCCGUACUUUCUCGUCGUCUUCAAGGACUCCAAGAAAACACAGGUGGGGCUGCUUGAAGCUGUCACACAUGAGUGAUGGUUUCUUUGUGGUUCUCUGUUCCCUCGCUCGUGUGGGAAGUUGGUACUGCCACGCUUGCCCAGAGUCGGAUCCGCCAGCGACCCUCCUCGGUGUAUUUUUCAUGUCUUCUCUUGUAGUUUUUACCUCCACGAAGUCCCCCUGCGGUGCUGCUAGAUCUCCCAGGUCCAUACUUCUUUCUCUUACAUUCAGCAAGUUUUAUUAUAUCCUCACAACCUAAUUUUACAACUUUUCCUCCCUAAACCCCCAGCCCCACCUGUCUCUUUUGGUACCAGACAAUUUUCAAAGUCUGUGAGUCAGUUUCUGUUCUGCAAAGAAGGUCCUUGGGUCCUUUUUAAAGAUUCCAUGUCGAAGUGACAGCACAUACCGUUUGGGUCUCACUGCCUGGCUUCACUUAGCGUGACGAUGUCUGGGUCCAUCCGUGUUGCUGCAAAUGGUAUUAUCUCUUUCCUUUUAAAGGCUGAGUCAUAGUCCACCGCAUGUAUGUACCACGUCUUCUUUAUCCACUCCUCUGUCGAUGGACAUUUAGGGGGCUUCCACGCUUGGCUAUUGUAUAUGGCGCUGCAGUGAACACUGGGGUCCACGCAUCUUUUCAGAGUCAUGGUUUUCUCUGGGCAGACGCCCGGAGUGGGAGUGCUGCGUCAAAUGGCAACUCUAUUUUUAGUGUUCUGAACAGUCUCUGCAGUGAUGGUUUGACUUCUUCCUUUCCAAUUUGGAUUCCUUUUAUUUAUUUCCAAUUUGGAUUCUUUUAUUACUUUGUCUUCCGAUUGCUGUGGCUAGGACUUCCAAAACCAUGUUGAAGAGUAGUGGUGAGAGCGGACAUCCUUGUCUGGUUCCUGAUCUCAGUGGGAAUUCUUUCAGCUUUUCACUGUUGACAAAGAUGUUAGCUGUACGGCCUUUACCAUGUUCUAUGCCUUCUUUUGGAGGGAUUUUAGCAGAAGUGGGUGCUGGGUUUUGUCAAAAGCUUUUUCUGCAUCUACCGAGAGGAUCAUAUGGUUUUUAUUCUUCGGUUUGUUAAUGUGGUGUGGCACACGGAUCGAUUGGCGGGUAUUGAAAAAUCCUUGUGUCCCUGGGAUAAAUCCCACUUGCUCGUGGGAUUCAUCACGAUCAAUAUAUCCUUUCAAUGUAUUUUGUUUGCUAGUAUUUUGUUGGGGAUUUUUGCAUCUGUGUUCAUCAGUGAUAUUGGCCUGGAAUUUUCAUU